UAAUUAGAGUUACCCGCCCUUUGUAUACUACUGAUCGCAUGGCGAGAACUUGACCGACGAUUAUAUACGUUUCUUACAUCUUAUCCAGCUGAUAAUGCCAGGGCGCGGUGCCAGAAAUCCCAGAAAAGGUGUACAAUAUGUCGAGAAUGACGAACCGUCUUUCAUAAAACAAUUCAAGGAAAGGAUCGGGUACAAAGAGGGACCCACUGUCAACACAAAGUAUCAACAGCCAGAGUUGGACUCGGAUGAGGAUGCACCAGAGUUGGAGGAUGAGAAACCUGUGGUUGUUGUCCUCAAGGACGGGGAUCUCACAGAAGAUCAGGCUGACCAUGCCAAGAAGGAAUCCGAGAAAACCGUGGCCAGUGUGGACGACAUCACCACAGAAGGCAAAAUCACCUUUAAGAAACCUGUGAAGAGAUCGGCAGAGUUGGAAACUAACACGGAACUGACGGUGAGCACAUCAGGAAAGAAGAAGAAAGAGGGGGAGAAGAAAGAUAAACAGUCAUCUUCAAAAAAAGUGAAAAACUCUAAUUUAUUGUCUUUUGGUGAUGAUGAAGAAGAGGAGGACUGAACGAUGUGCACAUGCUGUGACAGUGUUACCAUGGUAACAAAAAGAAAGUGGGGAGGACUGAAUGGUGUCCGCUUGCUGUGACAGUGUUACUAAGGUAACAAUAACAAGAUGGACUGAAUGAUGCACACUUGCUGUGACAGUGCUACCAUGGUAACAUGACGAGGAGGAGACUGUUAGAUGUGAAUUGCCGUUACAGUGUUACCAAGGAAACAGGAAGAGAAGACCCUGAGAGGUGAACUUGCUGUGACACUGUUACCAUGGAAACAGUACAAGGUGGCAACCGUGAGAUGGGAACUUGCUGUGACACUGUUACCAUGGAAACAGUAAAAGGUGGCAACCGUGAGAUGGGAACUUGCUGUGACACUGUUACCAUGGUUACCUGGUUUCAGUGGUCAUUGUUGUUGAUCAUUGUUUGUUUCAAUUGUACAUUCUCAUCAAUCAAGAAUAAAGAUAUUUCAGUAAA